GUGGAUUGUAGCGGAACAGGAUUUACGAAUGUUGCCAGUGGCCGGAAGACGCUGAUCUAAAAACUUUUUACUCCUGGAUAACUGUACUAUGUGAUUUUCGCAGGAAAAGUGCGUCCAAGGACAAGCGAAAGCAGACCUCCGCAAGGUUGGAUAACGCAGAAAACGCGUAGUUUGCGAAAGGAAAGUCAGCUCUUUGAAGGUGUUGUGACUUCGUGUGGCCCUGUUUUCAUUGUGUGCAAAUCUUUGCAGGAAAUUGAAGGUAAAAAAGAGAAAGAGGUAAUAAUAAUACAAACUGCUCGGAGUGGUAGAGAGUGCAAGAAGAGUGAAUGGGCGUCUGGCGAGAAGUAUACCAAAAAGCAAUCGAAAGAAAACGCCAAGAAGAGGAGACAAAACAACGAUCAGAUGAUUUCUUUCGCCUAAGCUGCAAGUGAUUACAAUGUGUUUGAUAUUCAUCUCGCUUCGUCGGAGAUGAUGCUGGUGACGGUAACAACAAUGAUAAAAUUGCCAAUGAAAGCGGGAUAAAAAGUGUAAUGAAACAGUGAAGAAACAAACAUCAGGAUCAAGUCUUGCACGACGAGAUACCGAUUAGAUUUGAUUUUCUGAUCAAAUCUGGUUCAGCUGCUCCGUUCCGGUGAAAAGAAGUAAAGUGAGAAUUGAUCCCUGCAGAGGAAAACAGAAUCGAUCGUGAUCACGAAGUAAUCGGGUGUGCAGAGCAAAGCGAAACUCAGAUCAACCUGGCGACGGAGCGUAUUGGCUCGAUCCGGUGUUUUCGGAGGGGGCACAGACAUUACACUAUCGCCAUAAACUGCCGAACUGGAACUGGAGUAACCCGGCAAGCAGGCGAAACACAGCCGUUGCAGUCACUGCUGCUGCUACUCGUUCAGUGUUUGAUCCCAUAACGCGUGUACACGAGGAAAAAGAAAUUCAGGCCACCGGGCUAUGGAUCCAAUAUUCUUCUCCCCGCCUAAUGGAGUCCCGUCGGAAAGCAAACUGGCAACUUAUAUGAGUCGUCAAAAUGUUUCGACGCCAACAUACGGGUUGUCUUCCGGCCUCAGCAAAUUGAACUUAGACUCUCCUAUAUCUCUCAAGAAAACACAGGUGACGCCUCAGUCGCCAGAAUUCAUUCCAACCAAUCGCCUCAACGCGUCAUCAUCACCGAACUUCUACUCAUCGUAUUCGAUACUCGGUAGCAACGGUUCGAACGGAACCGGUGGCAUUGCUGGCGUCGGUAGCAACAGUGUGAUAGGGUCCAGCAAUGGCACCACAGUGGUCGUGGCGGGGACCGUCGGUUCCGGAACUGGCAUCGUCGUCCCAGCUCAGUCAGCACAACUUUCAUCGGUGGCGACGGCGAUCGUACCCACCGGAGUAGGCGGAGGCGGAGGAGGAGGCAGCGGAGGCGGAGGGGGAACUGGUAGUUCCGGCGCCAAGUCCCAGGCCAGCAGCUAUGGCAGCAGUAUACUGGGAAGCUCACUUAGCAACAGUUCAACCUACGCCGUCACCCCCAUUAAGGGGCGAAGUUUACUUCGUAACGAUUCACCACAGAGUACUAAUACGUCUCCUCGAAUUACACCUCAACCAUCACCACCGCCAAUUACUACCAACAUUCAUCAAGAAAAUGUCGGUGGUACGACGUACUUCUAUCCGACCGCAGCCAACCAUCAAUUAACACCGAGUAGUACAGUUAACACGACUGAAAACACAUUUGUCCAUGUAACAAGCUCACAAAUUAAUCUAAGUUAUUCGCAUCCAGGACAUGUGUACCCGGGACCUGCGUCGCACGUUGUCAACAUGCAAGCAAAGUCGCAAGUAUCGAUGGCGUACUUUCUGCAGGACGAACUGAGAAACGAUAUACUAACAAGAAACGAAACGGUGAAUAGUGUCGAAACUGAGUGUCAAGAUUUACCUCUGGAGGUGGAAACCUACCAUUCAUUGUGUCUGCUGGAAUCUUUGCCAGUCCAUCCUAAGCUACCGCUUCCAUCAUCCACCUACAAAGCAACACACAAUCUCACUGGCGUAAAAUACUGCCUUAGGCGUCUUCAUGGUUUCCGGCUCCAGUCGACCAAAUGUAUGCAGUUUGUCGAUAUGUGGAAAAAGCUGCAGCACACCAACGUAGUACAGCUACGAGAAGUAUUUACAACCAAAACCUUUGGGGAUAACUCCCUGGUGAUAGUGUACGACUAUCAUCCUGGUUCCCAGACGCUACUCUCGAAAUAUUUUAUUCCGAGCGCUGAAUCAACGAACGGAUAUUCCGAUCCAUUCUCCGGAGAAGCACGACCCUUCAGUCACAAAAGUUCUCUUCAUCGAACGGCUGCCACGGCGCUGCUACCAGAAAACGAAAUCUGGUCAAUUAUCAUACAGCUUACUGCCGGACUGCGAGCGAUUCACCAAACUGGCUUGGCCUGUCGAACACUGGACCCAACCAAAAUCAUCAUCACCGGCAAACGGAUACGAUUCAGCUGUGUCGCAAUAUCGGACAUUGCGACGUACGACCCCAAUCAGCCGAAUCCCCUUUCGGUCGUGAGCCACCAUCAACAGGAUGAUCUAACGGCACUAGGAAAGCUCGUGCUAGCACUCGCCUGUCGAAGUUUACAAUCCGUACAAAGGGAUCAGAUUCAAAACAGUAUUGAACUAAUAUCACGCCACUACUCGUCGGAUUUACGGAAUAUAAUUCUGUACCUUCUAUCGUCGAGUAACCGACGCUCUGUGACGGAAAUAAUGCCGAUGAUCGGCGCUCGCUUCUAUGUACAACUCGAUGCAUUACAAGCCCAAUGUGAUAUCCAGGAGGACGAACUGGCAAAGGAGAUGGAGAACGGUCGCCUCUAUCGGCUACUUGUCAAGCUAGGCACCGUGAACGAACGACCAGAACUGAACCUAGACGUCACGUGGUCGGAAACAGGAGACCGCUACAUGCUGAAACUGUUCCGUGACUACCUCUUUCAUACCGUCACCGAGGACGGCCGUCCAUGGCUCAACCAGUCGCACUUUGUGCAGUGUCUCAAUAAGCUGGAUGCUGGCACCAUGGAGAAGGUACAGCUGAUGUCACGUGACGAACAAUCAGUAUUAGUAGUAACUUAUGCUGAACUAAAGCACUGUUUAGAGCAAGCAUUUUCCGAACUGAUAACUGCGGCCACCGUGUAAAAAUGAAAGCAGCAGCGAAAGUACUAAAAGGUGAUACAUACUUGUAGCAGUAAUAAAUAGCCGCCGCGUAUCAACUGCGUACAUACAUACACACUCACACUAGGAGUGUCUGUUACUAAUUAAAGGCAGAGCCUUAAUGAGGCUCGAGAGGUGUAAUAUUUUCAAAUUAGAGGUUAUAGUGCAGACAACUGCCGUCGGCAGCGGCAGCACCAUUAAGAAAUCGAAAAUGAAUACAGUAGCAGUACACAGAAAUAAACACUCAUACAUACACAUACACACAACAUGCAUGCAUAAAUACAACAGCAGGUUAAAAGUGGAGAGAGAAAGUGAAAGAAUGCAAUUUGUAAAGAUAUGAUCAUGAUCUUAUUUUUUAUACACAUACACGAACACACAAGACCCUAUGAAGAAGAAUCAUUGUAGCGUAGGGUGCAGAAGAAACUACAAAGAUAGAACGAGACAUCAUCGUGAAUAUAGAUAUUUACACAAUAGAAAGCAUACAAAACAAAAAAAUCGUUGAACGAGAUUAGAGAAAAUGAAAUGCGUAAAUGCGUGAAUGCGUGAAGAAGAAAUCACAAAUAUAGAUUGCAGCUAACGAGAGAGCGUUCGAGUAAAGAGAGACGCGAAAUGCAAAGUGAAGAUUUAGUUCUAUGUUUUUUAGUUUAUUUUAUUAUUAAAAAUGGCAAUUUACAUUGAUAUGUAACCACCCGUCUCUUUUUAAUGAGUAAAUUUUGCGGAAUAAACGUUGUGAAGGUCACAAAGUUGCAAAAUGAUAGGUCAGGAAAGAAUUGCGUGGAAGAAUAGAGCAACAAAAUUCUGUAGUGUCACAUCUUAGACCUUAGACUUUAGUUUAACACGAAAAUCUAGUGACAAUCUUCGGAACAUAAGUUUAAAACGAAAAGUUUUAACUCUUGAAUGGUUUUAUUCUCAAAUACGAAAUCACUUUUUUGAUCGAACAAUGAUGGUAUUCUCGAAGAUGCCUGUAAAAUAAAUAAAAAAAAACAUGUAUCGACCACCUUUACUACCCAUUUUUCAGCCACUAUCCUCUUUUCUGACCUUUAUCCAACAACGACUAUCAACUUAUUCCGGAUAGUUUGAUCUAAACUGUUUAAAUAUUCGAUAUAGUAAAAAUUCGUUAGCGCUGAGUGUAGCAAUCCUUAAACUAACUCGGUUCCACCUUAACUCACCGCGGUGAGCAAAUUAUUAUAAUAGCAUUAUCGUAUGGUAAACAUUACAAGAAAACCCGAUUUGCUUGCUGUCAAAACUAGGUGACGUCACUAGUGUUAUCAAACGAUCAUCAUCAAAAGGCAGCUGCGGCAUUUUAGAAACGUUUCCAUCGUAAUCAUACAGCUGGCGACAACCCAUCUGAUAGGAUGAGGGUUUAUUUUUUCACAAAACGAAAAUGGGGUUUAUGUUCUUUUUACUUUAAGACUUUAAGAUACUACAAUACAAACCUGUGUGUUGCAGCGUACGAGUGAGUUAUAUAAAUGUGAGUCAAGAGCGAAUGAAUAUCGUUUUAUAAGAUGAAACUAUCAUUUCUCUAAGUAAUUAAAGCUGAGAAAAACGUUUGUGAUGUUAUUUUUUAUUACUAUACAACAAUUAUUUUUAGAGUCCUUUUUGUGCGUCUUUAUUUCUUGAUUAUGAUUUAAAUUAUUAUUACUAUUGUUUUUGCUAGUGUACUAUUCACGUUCUUGAUUAAGAAACUAAAAACAAGAAGCGAUUCAGUGUGUGUGAUAAAGAGAAAAAAAUACAUACCUCGAGUUCAUCCUAAAACACAAAAAAGUAAGAUUGUUUUCUCGUUACUUUACUAUCGCGGUCUAAAGUUGUUAUCCGGGAAAGAGCUCUUAUAUAAAAGGCCCCUAUAUAAAACUAAACCCAAAAUAUAGUUUUGAUCGUUUUCGAUCCAAAGUUUUGAUCAUCGAACUACUGAAGUAAACCGGUCCAGGUCUCAUCAAAUAAUGAAAGCCGUACUACAACUCUCUUUAUCGAUCGACCAGCACAUCCUUUUAGAUUUGUUUUUCUCAAACCUUGAACUAUGCCUACAAAAAGUCUAAAAAAAGUAACAGUGAAAGUCUUUUUAAACUUAGCAACAAAAUGCAAGACAGCAGCAUCGAAGCAAAAGAGUUGUUUUUUAAAGUAAACAAAAAAAAUGGCAUAAGCAUUACAGCUGAAAAACCAUAAACUAUGGGAUUUUAGGUUUGAGUGGAAAGAGAGAAAGAGAAUUUAACUUGACAACUAGAGCAAACUGAAACCAAUAGAUAUUAAACUGAUAUUGAUAUUGAUGCAUUAUGAGACACAGGGAGGAAACUGGUUUAUCUUUCUAUACAAGUCAAAAAAAGAACAUAAAGCCGAGCGAGAUAUGAUUCGUCUCGAAAAUACAACAGAAAACAAAUUCAUAUUCUUCCUGGAGCAACUGAGAAGCAGCGAAAAACGAGAGAGAGAGAGAAAGAGAAAGAAAGCAUAAAAUUGAGAAAUUUAGUGAAAGACUUUUUACUGUGACAAAUAAUAUUUAAAUGAAAAAGAAACAAAGGAGAAACUAAAGUAAACAGAAAUACCGAUAAAACAACAAAUCACAUAGUAAGAAAAUAUAUUUGUAAUAAAACAGAAAACAAAAGCACAAAAAAAUUACGAAAACAUCUGCUUCAACAAAGGUUGCAUUAUAUUUUGUUGGUUAGCGUUCUGUUUGAAUUGAGCUUUCGCUCAAAUUGGCAAUUUGGUUUAAAUUACGCCACUUCAUAUUUUCGUAUUCUUCCUUCAAAUCCUUCUGGUAGAUACAUCCAUUUUAUUCCCGCCAUCGCCUGAAAUCUAACUUUUUUUUUGUUAAGUAAGUCUGAUCUCAUCAACAUUAAUUGACGACUUGUCCUUCCGUUUGUUGAACCAAAAUUGGUUUCAUCAUCAUUUUUUGUCAUGUUUUUACCAGAAAAAGAAACAACACAAAUCAACAGAACAGCAGAUGUGGAUUAUGGAGAUAUUAUUGAGUAAAAAAAACAUGCAAAAAUCCUUGUAAAAAAAAUAAUAAAAUGUAAAUUUGGACACUUUUGACGGGGUGACCAAGCAAAAAACAAGAAUAAA